AUGUUCUUUCCUUCAUUGAUCCUGGCUGCUGGCAGCCUGUCUACUCUCAUUCAAGCCAUUCCUCAUGGCGCGAAGCCCCAUCACUCUUUGCACCGUCGCGCUGCUGCCACUUAUGCUGUCAUGGGUGGUAACGGUGAUGUCUCCGACGGAUGGCCUUCCCUGAGCCAAUGGUCGGAGUACGAGACUCUCUGGGGUCUUAACAAAAUUCUGAUUGCCGCAUCAUGCGACAACUCUGACGACGAAACAAGCGACAUUAACACUAGCAUCAAGUCGAUCGCCAGCGAAACUGGCGUCGACGCUCGAUUCAUCCUUGCAAUUAUUAUGCAAGAAAGCAAGGGCUGCGUUCGCGUCCAGUCCACCGACAACGGUGUUCAGAACACCGGUCUCAUGCAGAGCCACGCUGGCGAGGGCUCCUGCAAUAAGGACGGCAGCAAGACAACUCCCUGUCCCUCCUCCAUGAUCAAGCAAAUGAUCCAGGACGGCACCGCUGGAACCAGCCAGGGCGAUGGUCUCAAGCAGUGCUUUGAGGCCCAGAGCGGCUCCACUGCGACCAAGUACUACAAGGCCGCCCGCACCUACAACUCUGGCUCUGUCGACUCAUCCGGCAACCUCGGCCAGGGCGGCGCAACCCACUGCUACGCCUCCGACAUUGCCAACCGUGUCCGCGGCUGGGCCGGCGACGUGACCGAGUGUGUUGAAUCUACCAUUGGAACUAUUACUAGCGGCGUGGAGUCGGCUCUCGGUGGUGACGACGACUCGAGCAGCUCCUCCUCAACCGCUGCUGAGCAGCCCACCGAGACUGCCGAGCCUAUCCAGACGUCUUCCUCGACCGCUGCUGAGCAGCCCACUGAGACUGCUGCGCCUAUCCAAACAACCUCCGCCCCUGUCGAGGCCGCCCAACCAGCCGAGACCACUUCCGUGGCACCUGCCCCCACCUGGACCCCCAAUGCGAACGCGCAAUUGGCCGCGCAGACCACCGCAACCCCAUCCUGGACAACUAGGUCCACGCCAGCCGCGACAACUGCACCAGGAACCCCCAACUCAUCAUCCGGAACUGCCCCUCUCUACCCCCGCGCCACCUCAUCUUGCCAGAAAUACUAUACCGUCACAAGCGGUGAUUUCUGCGCGAAGUUGACCGAAACUGUCGGAAUCCCUUUCUCCAAUCUCCGCAGCUUGAACCCUGGCCUCGACGAGAAGUGCUCGGAUCUGUGGCUCGGAUAUCAGUACUGUAUCAAGGCUUAA